ACAAGGACACAGCGCGAGCGAAGACAUCAGCACACGCAAAUAGGUGCACCUGUAAUCCACGCCGCUCAUUUGCCGUUGUACUACUGAUAGUGUGAGAGCAUCCAGCAGAAGAGAGAGGAGAUAUUCUAAAUCACGCGCAUACCCAUGCUUGGAUUUGACUUUGUUUUUCUUCGCCAAUGCAAAAGGAAAUAUGCAACGAAGCCUCGCACUGCUCUGCACCAGUUUUCUGGGAUUGUGCUUCGGUUCCAGUUUCCCAAGUAAUAUCAACAUAGGAGGCUUAUUCCCAACCGAAUCGCAUGAAUAUGAGGUGUUUCGUUUCGCGCUCUCGCAGCACCAGGAAAUCCCCAAAUUGGUACCUCAAGUGGAUAUGGUCAAAAUGGGGAAUAGCUUCUCCAUGACAUAUGCUUUCUGUUCACAGUUCUCAAAAGGAGUGUAUGCCAUCAUUGGGGUGUAUGACAGGAAGACCGUGAACAUGCUGAUGUCGUUCUGCGGUGCGCUACAUGUCUGCUUCGUGACACCCAGCUUCCCUAUGGAAAACUCCAAUCAGUUUGUCAUACAGCUGAGACCCGAACUGCAGGACGCCCUAGUUGGCGUAAUUGAGCACUACAAGUGGAGCACGUUCGUCUACAUGUACAGCUCAGACUCUGGACUGUCAGUUCUGCAGAAGGUUCUGGAUACAGCAGCAGAGCGUAACUGGCGGGUGACCUCUGUGAAUGUGGAGACAAUGACAGAAGCUUCCUUCCUCAAAGUGUUCCAGGACCUCGACAAAGGCAAGGAGGGCCAGAUCAUCAUCGACUGUGAGCUGGAAAGGCUUACCUCCAUCCUGAAAAAGAUCGUUGAGCAGGGUAAGAAUGUGAAGAGUUACCACUACAUCCUAGCAAACCUGGGGUUUCUGGACGUCAACCUGACAGAGUUUAAAAAGGGUGAGGCUAAUGUAACAGGCUUCCAGUUGGUGAACUACGCAGACCCAAACGUCAGUAGGAUUGUGCAGCAGUGGAUGGAAUUUGACAACAAAGAUGCCAAAGUUCCCAAACGAGGACUGAAAUACACUGGAGCUCUCACCUACGAUGGGGUCAAAGUCAUGUCCACAGCCUUCCAGAACCUCCGCCGGCAGAGGAUAGAUAUUUCUCGUCGUGGAAAUGCUGGAGAAUGCUUGGCCAACCCACCAGCACCUUGGGGCCAAGGCAUCGAUAUUCAGAGAGCACUUCAGCAGGUUCGGAUUGAGGGCUUGACGGGACACAUUCAAUUUAACGAGAAAGGAAGACGGACAAACUAUACUGUCAGUGUGAUGGAACUGAGGCCGACAGGACCAAAGAAAGUGGGUUACUGGAAUGAGGAUGAGAAAUAUGUGAGCACAGCAGCCUACAUCCCUGGAAGUAAUGAAACUUAUGGACUUCAGAACCGCACAUAUAUUUUUACCACUAUUCUGGAAUCACCAUAUGUUAUGCUGAAGAAGAACCAUGAAAAUUUAAAUGGAAAUGAAAAGUAUGAAGGUUACUGUGUGGAGUUGGCAGCAGAGAUAGCCAAACAUGUGGGAUACCAAUACAUACUGAAGAUAGUGGCUGAUGGGAAAUAUGGAGCCAGAGAUCCUGAGACCAAAAUGUGGAAUGGAAUGGUGGGAGAGCUUGUCUAUGGUAAAGCUGAUGUAGCGGUUGCCCCACUAACCAUCACCCUGGUCAGAGAGGAAGUCAUUGAUUUCUCCAAGCCCUUUAUGAGCCUCGGCAUUUCCAUCAUGAUCAAAAAGCCCACCAAGUCCAAGCCUGGUGUUUUCUCCUUCCUGGACCCUCUGGCCUAUGAAAUCUGGAUGUGUAUUGUGUUUGCCUACAUCGGCGUGAGCGUUGUGCUUUUCCUAGUCAGCCGCUUCAGUCCAUAUGAGUGGCAUGCAGAUGACUAUGAGGAAGGAGUUGAGCAGAACCCUAACCAGCCCUCCUCGUCAUCAGCACAACUGGGUCAGGGCCAACAGAACCAGAACCAGCAGAUUCAGGAGCAGACCAAUGAGUUUGGCAUCUUCAACAGUCUCUGGUUCUCACUGGGAGCGUUCAUGCAGCAGGGCUGUGAUAUUUCCCCCAGGUCUCUCUCUGGUCGAAUCGUGGGUGGUGUGUGGUGGUUCUUCACCCUAAUCAUCAUCUCCUCAUACACAGCCAACCUUGCAGCUUUUCUCACAGUAGAGAGGAUGGUGUCGCCCAUUGAGAGCGCUGAGGAUUUGGCCAAACAGACAGAGAUUGCUUAUGGAACUCUAGACGCUGGCUCCACCAAAGAGUUCUUCAGGAGGUCAAAGAUUGCAGUAUUUGAGAAGAUGUGGUCCUACAUGAAGUUAGCAGACCCCUCAGUGUUUGUGAAAACCACAGAUGAAGGAGUUGUGCGAGUAAGAAAAUCCAAGGGGAAGUACGCAUACCUGCUGGAGUCCACUAUGAACGAGUACAUCGAGCAGCGCAAACCCUGUGACACUAUGAAGGUCGGUGGGAACCUGGAUUCCAAAGGCUACGGCAUUGCAACACCUAAAGGAUCUGCUCUCAGAAUCCCAGUUAACCUAGCGGUGUUGAAGCUCAAUGAGCAAGCCUUCUUAGACAAACUGAAAAACAAAUGGUGGUACGAUAAGGGGGAGUGUGGAAGCAAGGACUCCGGAAGAAAGGACAAGACGAGUGCUCUUAGCCUCAGCAAUGUGGCUGGGGUCUUCUACAUUCUGAUCGGCGGUCUGGGUCUAGCCAUGCUGGUGGCCCUGGUGGAGUUCUGCUACAAGUCCAGAACAGAGUCCCACAGAAUGAAGCAAACCAUCAACGACGCCAUGCACUGCUCCACACUGACCAGGAUGAGUGGGAACGGUAGUGGCGGAGAGAAUGGGCGGGUCAUCACACAUGACUUCCCCAAAGCUGUGCAGUCGCUGCCAUGCAUGAGCCACGCAGCCAGCAUGGGCCUGGGAGCCUCUGGCAUGUGACCAAGCCUGAUGGAGCACUACGCAUCCCAUGUAACGCACGGACCUCCCGUUCACCUGCAGUCUGCCCUUGUGUCUGUCUGCCCACAACAGACACGCCGUACUGCCAAAAUGCACUCUUUAAGACGCUGCUCAGUGAACAGUCACCAAUAAAACUCUUUUCUAUAGAAAAAACAGAAAAGAAAAAAAACAUUUAAAAAAAGAAAAAAAUGUGCUGCAAUAACAAGCCUGUGGGACUUUUUGGGGGGGUAAAUACAAGUGUUCGUUUAUGUCAUGAAUUUAAAAAACAAAAAAGGCAUGUCUUGUGUCUGGUGUGACACUUGCGCUGUGCCAAUAUUAUAAACUUGUUUACUUCUGUCUGAUUGUGCAGUAUUUUAGUUCAUAUCAGUGUUCAGCAAUGUUGUCUCUAACUUGACUUUCUUUUCAAGAAUUAGAUAACAGGUAUGAUUUUGCACAGAAAUGGUCUAUAACAAUUACAGUUCAUUUUCCUUUCCUGCUGGAAAAGAGUUCAAGUAAUCUAAUAAGCCUUCGCUAAUGGCUAAGCUCAUAUUAAUUUAUAUGGAUCCAGUGCCCCGCACUGAAAGACAACAUUGCUCCUUUCUCUUCACUCUUCAGGCUGAAGUAUGUAACUUUUUCAGUGUUAAAAUACUUUCUACUAUCCCAACUUUAUAUGCAGGGACAACUAUAAGUAAGCCAUUCAUAGGUUAAUUUUCUCGAAAACUGCAAACACUGUAUCUCUGUGGCACUAUAAAAAUUUGUGUGUUUGUUUUGUGUGACCCCAACAACGUCACUUAACCAAUGGCGUGAGUUGGGGGCGGGACUAUCUGUUUGUUUGAACAACUGAAGACGAGGGGUGUAUUCAGAAAGCUGUUUUGAAAUCAGCGUUUAUUUUUGCAAUUGCGUUCGGUGGCGCUAGUGUCGCAAAAAUUACAUACUUCAGCUUUAACAUCUAUCACUCAUUACACCUUUCAGCCACAACAUUAUAACCACCUGCCUAAUAUCAUGUAGGUCCCCCUCGUGCCGCCAAAACAGUUCUUACCUGUCGGGGCAUGGACUCCACAAGACCUCUGAAGGUGUCCUGUGGUAUUUGGCACCAAGACAUUAGAAGCAGAGGUGGGGCCUCCAUGGAUCAGACUUGUUGGUCCAGCACAUCCCAUAGAUGUUCGAUCGGAUUGAGAUCUGGGAAAUUUGGAGGCCAAGUCAACACCUUGAACUCUUUGUCAUGUUCCUCAAACCAUUCCUGAACAAUUUUUGCAGUGGGACAGGGUGCAUUAUCCUGCUGAAAGAGGCCACUGCCACCAGGGAAUACCGUUGCCAUGAAGGGGUUUACGUGGUCUGCAACAAUCUGUAGGUAGGUGGUAUGUGUCAAAGUAAAAUCCACAUGAAUGACGCACACGCAUCCAGCCAUCCACAUGAUCUAAAAAAAAACGUGAUUCAUCCGACCAGGCCACCUUUUUCCAUUGCUCCAUGGUCCAGUUCUGAUGCUCACGUGCCCAUUUGUAGGCGCUUUCGGUGGUGGACAGGGGUCAGCAUGGGCACUCUGACCAGUCUGCGGCUACGCAGCCCCAUACGCAGCAAGUUGCACUGUGUGUUUUGACACCUUUCUAUUAUGGCUAUCAUUAAGUUUUUUAACAAUUUGUGCUACCGUAGCUCUUCUUUGGGAUAGGACCAGACAGGCUAGCCUUCGCUCCCCACGCGCAUCAGUGAGCCUUGGGCGCCCUUGACCCUAUCGCCGGUUCACCAGUUGUCCUUCCUUGGACCACUUUUGGUAGGUACUAACUACUGCAUACCGGGAACACCCCACACAACCUGCUGUUUUGGAGAUGCUCUGACUCAGUUGUAUAGCCAUCACAGUUUAGCCCUUGUCAAAGUCACUCAGAUCCUUACGCUUGACCAUUUUUCCUGCUUCCAACACAUGAAAUUCAAGAACUGACUGUUCACUUGCUGCCUAAUAUAUCCCACCCCUUGACAGGUACCACUGUUCACUUCACCUGUCAGUGGUUUUAAUGUUUUGGCUGAUCAGUGUUCUGUAUAUUGAAUAUGUCAAGAAACAUAUCAGCUCAUUCAACAAUCUGUCGAUAGUGUAAAUACUCAAAUGUAUAUCUGAAACCGAGUGAGGGGUGAAUUUGAUUUUGUUGUCGAUCAGUAGAGCAUAGCUGAACUGGACUUGUUGAUUACAUUGCUCUGUGAUUUCCCACCUCAAAAACCUUGCAUAGCUGCUACGCCUCGUUUCGGGCACCAUACCUCAUCUGAAAUUGGACUCGGGAGUGAGCUGCCACCUGCUUGAUCGCCACUUCAUUGGGAGCCUUAGCAAGAAGGACGCAUUAAAUUUAACCUCAGUAAAAACGUUAUAGGAACCUGAAGUUAAAUGUACUUUAAUGAGCUAGUUUGUCCCCAACACACAUCACUAAAGUGAAGCCAUUGAGAGCACAUUCUGAGAAGUUAUUCUUGCUGAAACGGACCCUUUCAUGUUUUUAUAUAAAUACUUUGCUGUUGAUUCAUUCACAUGGCUUAUGACUAGGCCAGCACAGAAUCUGCGCCCAGAAUAUCCCAAGUAGGUGUUGCUGUAGACCGUAGAUCACCAAAUUAGGACGGAAACUCCAAAACAGGGUGGGUUAGCUCCAGAAGGGGCAGAGUUACACCAGUAGAGGGUUUUGGCCAACUUCAAAAGGGGUUGACACUUCCACAUACGGUUAGGGCAAAGGAAAAGGUUAGAUAUGGGCUCUGUGUAUCUCUGCUGUUGGUUUGGAGCUCACACCCCUUUUUGGAGCUUGGCCUGCAGCUUUAUCCUUCUCGAAUCUCCACAGAUUUCUGCAGAAUUUCAGUAGACGUAACUCAGUUUGUACACAUCAUCUGCCUUUUUUGUGUUUGUUUAUUAAAGACCCCAUGAAAUGGCUUGAUGAGCACAGUUUUCCUUCCUGUGUUGAUGUAUUUCCUUUUGAAACAGGAAGUGGGCGGGACAUAUCAAGGGGCUCGUCCCUUUUUUUUUAUAGCAAAUAGGCUUUAUUUAUGUCACAGCCAUGAACCAUGAUUUACUACUUGCUAAUUGGUUGCAGGUGGUAUAGAGGGAGGGGCAUUUCUAGAGAGCAUUAGAUUAUAUAAAAAUCUGAUUAGUGCAAGAUUAGUCAUUAGUAUUUUUAUUCCUUUUUCCCAGAAGAGAAAGACUGUAAAUUUUGAAUGCGGAUAUCUGCUGAAAGUUUAUUUUUGUCAAUGUUAAGACAGUGGCGGCUGGAAGAGAAGCAAUUACUGUGUAGCUCCCAAAAGCUGAUCAGAUUGCUACUCAAACAGUAACAGUUCUUAAAACAAAACCCAGCUCAAAACUGCUACAAAAUAGGCAAAAUAUUUAUAUAAUAAUUAUUAAAUAAUCAGAUUAUUGAAGCUGAAUUAAAUGUGUUACGUUAAUUUGCAAAUAACUGCGCGUGCAUCUCCGUGCCACAGAACACACUGCGCUUGACAGCUACAUGUUUACAUUUCAUUCACUGUCAAUCAGGCAUAUCACUGUUUCCGUUAUUGGCCGUUUAUUAAAAAUUCCCACCCAUUUAAGAGCUUGACCAAUCAUCAUAUAUAAAUCAUCAUUGAUCUUUUGUGCCACAAAUUUGAAUGGUAUUGGUAUCUGCCAUAGACUCCCAUUUAAAUAUUGGUGAAACAUCAAUAGGCCGUUCUGCCCUGUAUACUGUACACACUGUGACAUAGUUCCUCAUGAGAUGAUGUUAGUGGAGAUAUCAUUGAUCUGCUACUGGGGCCGAGUUGACCUUUCAGAGCUCCAGGCUUUAUCACUGCAGGCUUUCAGAACAUAGCUUCCAGCUCCACAUAAACCGCACUGUCUAUUCAGCUUUUCCCUGCACACUGCCAUUGUUCUGCAAAGCAUGGUACAUUAUGUGGCCAUCGCACUGCUUACUUUUCUCUGGCUUUUUUUUUUGUUUGUUUUUGUUUUUCACUUUCUUGACAUGUGUUUUAUUAGGCACAGAACACUGCGGUCCUUUAUGGACUCAUAUGAGAGCAGUAUUUUAUAAGCAGUAAAAGAUUUGUAAAGUUCAAGUGAGACAUUUGACAUUUAUACCACUGUGAGAUUUUGAAGAGUUGAUUAAACUAGUGUUUUACACAUGUAGUUUGCUGAGGCAAUGGUACAUGAAUAAUCACACUGAUAAGGAUGUUGAUUUCCAUUAGUUAAAGGAGAGAAAUCUGGUUCUUUAUGUUUCUGCUAUAACAAUGUUGAACAAUACUUAUUUCAGGGUAUUUUAAUGCAAAAUGUAUUCUACGUAUUCAGCUUCUUGACUAUUCCACAGUCUUGAUUAAUUUGGGACAUUUGUUUUGUUUGUUUGUUUUUAUUUUAAUUAUUUUUUCUGUUGAUCACAAAAGAGAGAUGUGGUUGAAUAAAAUUUAUUGGAACAAUAAUGAAUAAAACAAACAAAAAUAAAACUUUUCUAACCAGUCA